AUGGAGCGGGGAGAACUUGAUCCCUUUCCCCCAACUCAACCUGCCGCUGAGCACACCCCAAAUAAGUGGCCUGUCAUACCUACAGCUACAAUCCCUACUAAAAACCACCAACCAAACAAAACCCCUCCACCCACCCACAAUACAAAACAUGACCAUUAUAGAAAAAAUGUGCGCAGGGCUACUACCAAAGAAAAAGGUCAUAACGACCUGCUACGAGGCAGUUUUGAAAGACGACAAACGCCCAAAGCCUAA